UACAGUUACAUAAUUGGUCGUAGGCUCGUAAGCUUAUAAAAGCUUUCUCGGCGGUGAAAGGAAAAAAAAGUGAAUUCUCACUUCUCAGACACAGAGGCACAGAGACAACACCCAAAAUGAAGUUUCAGAACUCUAUUUUUAACGUUUACUUUCCUUAAAUUUUCCUCGAUUGUGAGAUCCGAACAAUCAUCAUGGUGAGACUCAAAUCGAGUCUCCGGCUUCUCCUGCUCUCAAUCGCUCUGUUAAAUGGCUCCUUUGGAUCUGAAUCAAGUAAGGAAGCUUAUGUCACACUUUUAUACGGAGACGAGUUCUUAUUAGGAGUCAGGGUAUUAGGAAAAUCGAUUCGAGACACUGGAUCCGACAAAGAUAUGGUCGCUCUGGUCUCUGACGGCGUCUCAGAUUACUCCAAGAACCUACUCAAGGCUGAUGGAUGGAAAGUAGAGAAGAUCAGUUUAUUAGCAAACCCAAACCAAGUUCACCCCACAAGGUUCUGGGGUGUCUACACAAAACUCAAGAUCUUUAACAUGACUGAUUACAACAAAGUUGUGUAUCUUGAUGCUGAUACUAUUGUGGUAAAGAACAUUGACGAUCUGUUCAAGUGCUCCAAGUUCUGCGCUAACUUGAAGCACUCCGAGAGAUUGAACUCUGGUGUCAUGGUUGUUGAGCCAUCCCAAGCUCUUUUCAAUGAUAUGAUGCGGAAGAUCAAGACUUUGUCUUCUUAUACUGGUGGAGACCAAGGGUUCUUGAAUUCUUACUAUCCUGAUUUCCAAAAUGCUCGUGUGUUCGAUCCUAGUUUGUCCCCUGAAGAGCUGAAAACCAGACCUGUUCCUGAUAUGGAGAGGCUUUCGACGUUGUACAAUGCUGAUGUUGGUCUUUACAUGCUUGCUAAUAAGUGGAUGGUGGAUGAGAGUAAGCUUCAUGUUAUUCACUACACACUAGGCCCUCUCAAGCCUUGGGACUGGUGGACAGCUUGGCUUGUGAAGCCUGUUGACGCCUGGCAUAGCAUUAGAGUGAAGCUUGAGGAAACUCUUCCUGGAACUGGAGGCGGCAAAAACCAGAAGGAUGAGUUCGUUGUCAAGCUCCUUUUCUUGUUACCUCUUUGUGGGGUUUUGUUCUGCGUUUAUAGAUCCCUUCAGGUUCAUGAGGGUUCACUAUUGAAUCAGAUUAGAUAUCUUUAUUACAAAAUCAGAUCUAAUGGAACACGCCGUGUUUCUACAUUUUCGACUAUGAAUCCCAGCUAUCAACUCCACAGUGGCAGCAUACACUCCAAAGUUCCUCAGCGCUUAGGCGCAGUUUCAGUUCUAGUCUGUUUUACUGCACUUCUGAUAUCCAUUGGAACUUCCUUUGUGAUUGUGCCGAGGCAAAUCAUGCCAUGGACUGGUUUGAUCUUGGUGUAUGAAUGGACUUUUACAAUCUUCUUUCUUUUGUUUGGUUGCUUCUUGCUUUUGGUGCAUCAACAUGGAAAGAAACUGUCAGUUCAUACGGAGUCAUCCUCCUUGGAUGAUUCUCGAAAAGGUCAUCAGCGAGGAGGUGUGUCUUGUGACGUUAUUACAUUGUAUUAUGGAUUAGGGAUGGUGUUUCUGGCUAUUGCUGCAGUUUCUUUGCCUUAUAUUUUAGGGAUCACCGCUUUAUUUCUUAGGUUGGGUCUUAUGGUUGGUGUAGCCAUAAUUCUAGCUGCCUUCAUGACUUAUGCUUCAGAGCAACUCGCGGUCAGAUGGUUCAUGAGAGGUCUAGAAGACCGUGGUGAAGCAUCGAGAUCAAAGUCUUUAUGUUUCAUGUGCUGACACAACCAAAAGCAAGACACCUGAGAAAAUGUGUUACCAUUGACCAUUGUAACUUUGCAGUAACAAGAGCAUAUGAUCUGAACGUUUGUAGUUCUGUCUUGAGAUUGUUAUAUAGCUUUGUUCUUUC